ACACACACACUCUUCCGUCACUUCCAACCCUCCAUUCCUCAUCUGUGGUGUCUGACUCUAGAUAGAAACCCUGUGGGACAAUGGCAUCUCACAGAAACUCUAGUUUCCUCCUCAACCUCUCCCACCACCCACGAUGGACACAAGAUCCCCCAAUGAGGGAGAGAAGGAGACAAAGAAGGACAGAUGGUAUAGACACAACGAACAGUGCGACCCCCGCAUCAUCAUCUGCGGUGCUACGCUCCAGAAGCUCGUGGGGCAACUGGCUGAUGUUGCCCCUGCUGAUGGCCACCUAUCUACCAUGUGAGGCCUGGGGCGCCACUUUCAGUGUGGCCAUAAUUGGGCCCUGGACAUGUGACCCUAUGUAUUCCAAAGCCCUCCCUGACCUGGCUGCACGCCUGGCCACUGCCCGCCUCAACAUGGACCCCUACACUAAGAAAGGCUACUGGUACGACUAUACUCUCGUCAAUGAGGACUGUAAAACAUCCAAUGCCCUGGCCCGCUUCACCUCUCUCGAAAGCUAUGGCUCGGCUUUCCUCGGCCCUACUAAUCCAGGCUACUGCUCAUCGGCUGCCCUGUUUGCGAAAAACUGGAAUAAGCCCCUUAUGUCCUGGGGCUGCCUGAAACCAAACAUGGAGGAUGGACAGUAUCCCACCUUUCACAGGCCCUUGCCUCUGUCCUCCCGGGUUCUAUUUUCUGUGCUGCGGUACUUCCGCUGGGCCCAUGUGGUCAUCGUGACGUCAGAGGAUGACCUGUGGGAGGCUACGGGACAUGAGCUGGCGGCCUCUCUGAUGGCCCUGGGCCUGCCGGUUACAAAUGUGGUCACCAUGGAGCCGGACAAGGAUGGGCCCACGAAGGCCUUGAAGAGGAUACGGGAGUUAGACCGUGUCAGAGUGGUCAUCAUGUGUAUGCACUCAGCUUUGAUUGGUGGUGAGGCCCAGUACCAGCUUCUAACCUCUGCCUCGAACAUGCGUAUGAUAGACCGUGGCUAUGUUUUCAUCCCCUACGACACCCUCACAUACUCGCUGCCCAAGGGCACAAACCUUCAUGCUCUGACCAAUGACAGCUUGUUGAGAAAAGCCUACGACGGAGUUCUCACCAUCACCAUGGAUUCUGGUGAGAACACUUUCUAUCAGAGCUUCAAAGAUGCUCAGGAGAAAUUUGAGAUUCGCACCAGCAUUCCACCAGAUCAGGUGUCUCCAUUCUUCGGCACCAUCUACAACAUGAUAUAUUACAUGGCCUAUGCAGUGGAAAAGAGUCGCAUGGUCGCUGGGCGCUGGGUGGAUGGGGAGACCAUGCUCCAGAGCGAUGGAGGGGUUGACUUUGAGGGCUUCAACCAGCACAUCUCAUCCGACGAAGAUGGGUUGGGGAUGCUGGCUCGCUACGUGGUCCUGGACUCUGACGGGGGAGACAAACUCUACAUGACACACACUCUGGAGGCCCCCCAUACCCUUGGCAAAUUUGGGGCGGUCAAGUACAAUGGGCGCUCCAUCCACUUUGCUGGCAGUAGCCCCAGCACAGACUCCCGUUGCUGGUUCAGUCCAUACAUCACCUGCAGUUGGGGAUUGGAUGCAGGUACUAUCCUCUUUCUGUUCAUCCUGUUCUGUGGGUUGGUUGGAGGUGGAGCUGCCUUUUAUAUGAAGAGAGGUGGCCGGAUUGGAACCAUCUUUGGAGGAUCAGAGGGAGGAGGAAGGUCCUUAAAAGUAGUCUUGAAUCUGGAUGACCUGAUUUUCAUCAAUACCCAGACCAGCAAAAGGAAGCUGAAUGAAGACAGUAUGAUGAACAGUCAGCUGGACGUGAAGACACCUCGCCACUCAGUGUCGGGACGAAGCUACUUUGGCUCCACCCCUGACAGCUCCAAUGUCGCUGUCUUUGAGGGUGACUGGGUUUGGUUGAAGAGAUGUCCCAAUGGAAACACUGUGUCAAGUGUCAGUGAUAGCACUCAAAGUAUUUUCACCAAGCUCAGGGACAUGCGGAAUGAGAAUCUCAACCUGUUCCUUGGCCUGUUCCACGACUCAGGGAUCUUUGGUAUCGUGACAGAGCACUGUACCAGGGGCAGCUUGGAGGACCUUCUCAACAACGAGGACAUGCGCCUCGACUGGAUGUUCAAGUCCUCCCUGUUGAUGGAUCUGAUCAGGGGAAUGAAGUACCUUCACAACCGUGAUGUCAUCCAUGGGCGCCUGAAGUCCCGAAACUGUGUGGUGGACGGACGCUUCGUGCUGAAGGUGACUGAGUACGGUUUCAAUGAGAUCAUAUCGACCCAGGGGGUCGACUUUGACGAGGGCAAGCCUGAGGAUCACCUGUGGACGGCGCCAGAGCUACUGAGGGACUCCAGUUUGAUGAAGAGAGGAACGUUCCGAGGGGACGUUUACAGUUUUGCCAUCAUCAUGCAGGAGGUCAUCGCCCGCUGUGCUCCCUUCUGCAUGCUGGACAUGCCUCCCAAGGAGAUCAUCAGUAAGUUGAAAUCCCCCCCACCACUGUGUCGGCCCACUGUGUCAGUGGAUGAGGCUCCACUAGAGGUGAUCCAAGUCAUGAAACAGGCCUGGAGCGAGGAGCCAGACAAGAGGCCCACCUUCGAGGAGAUCUUCAAACAGUUCAAGACUAUAACCAAGGGAAAGAAGACCAACAUCAUAGACUCUAUGCUGCGUAUGUUGGAGCAGUACUCCACUAACCUUGAGGACCUGAUCAGGGAGAGGACAGAGGAGCUGGAGGUGGAGAGGAAGAAGACUGAUAACCUGCUGGCCCAGAUGUUGCCCAGGUCUGUGUGCCUGGCCCUGAAGACGGGCAAGCCUGUGAGACCAGAGCACUUCUCUGAGGUCACUCUGUACUUCAGUGACAUUGUGGGCUUCACCACCAUCUCUGCACUCAGCGAGCCCAUUGAGGUGGUAGAUUUACUCAAUGAUCUCUACACACUCUUUGAUGCCAUCAUCGGGCAGCAUGAUGUCUACAAGGUUGAGACCAUCGGAGAUGCCUACAUGGUAGCCUCUGGAGUUCCAAACCGGAACGGUAGACGCCACGCAGCUGAGAUGUCCAAUAUGUCCCUGGACAUCCUCCACUGUAUUGGAACAUUCAAGAUGAGGCACAUGCCUGACGUCAAGGUUAAGAUUCGUAUCGGCCUGCACUCUGGCCCUGUGGUGGCAGGUGUGGUGGGUCUGACGAUGCCUCGGUACUGUCUGUUCGGAGACACUGUCAACACGGCCUCUCGAAUGGAGUCCACAGGGUUGUCUUACAGAAUCCAUGUCAACCAAAGCACAGUCGAUAUCCUGCAUGAACUGAAAAUGGGCUACAAAGUAGACACCAGGGGCAUGACAGAGCUGAAGGGGAAGGGAGUUGAAAACACAUACUGGUUGGCUGGGAGAGCUGGGUUUGACAAGGUUCUGCCCAUACCGCCUGACCUUACUCCAGGGGCAAGUAACCAUGGCAUCAGUUUGGAAGAGAUUCCUCCAGAUAGAAAACAGAAAUUCCUUGACCGGCAGGCGAGGAAUAGGUAGCCUGUAAGAUAGUGUUGCCUAGUCCUCCACCUACCUGUUGGCGUGAAAGACCAGAGAGGUGAAUAGAGCAGGUUGGUUGAGAGGAGAGGAUGGGUUAGGGGUGCAUCUGACAGACAAUCUGUCGCAUCCCCCCAUGUGUCCUGUCAAGAGUGCUGAUCCACAUUGCACAAAUAAGCCAAAGUCGGAGAAACACUGUCUGUCUUCAACACAUUACAUUUGUUGCACAGAGCAAAGAUACGUUUAAAUAAGAGUUUAUUAAAUGUACUGUAGAGCAUAUGUGGGAAACAGGAGGGAUAAAGGGGUAUUAAAAUCAUGUACAAAAAUACACUACAAAAGUAUGUGGACACCCCUUCAAAUUAGUGGAUUUGGCUAUUUCAGCCACACCCGUUGCUGACAGGUGU